AUGUCCGACUAUCCGGAACCCCCGUCACACCACUUAGCCGACUCGCAUGGUCAUGGUGCACCAUUGGGAGAUCGGCCCGGUCUCGACAUGUCACACAUACCCGAGACCUCCGCCGAACCCGACGACGCCAAACGACCACGCGCUUGUGAGCCCUGUCGCCAGUUGAAAGUUCGCUGUGACCCCGAUCCAAUACACCCACAUGGCUCGUGUAAGCGCUGCGCUAAGGCGCAUCGCACAUGUAUCACCACAGCGCCGACUAGGAAGCGCCAGAAAAAGACCGAUAGUCGUGUGACAGAGCUGGAGCGGAAAAUCGACGCCCUGACGGCCACCCUACAAGCUUCCCAUAGUAAGCCAUUUAUGGGUCCGUCGCCACAAACGCAGCCAUCUUUGCACGAUUCAAGUUCUUCGGUUGCGGGAACUAAGCGUACUCAUGAUGGGUUUCUUGCUUCCCAGUAUGCUCGCUCGGAUAGUCCUUCCGCGCAACAGCUUCCGAGACCUUCGGACUCGGUGCACUGGCGUGGCCCGUAUGCUGGGGACAUUGUGCCUCCAAAGGAGAAUGCGAAUGCGUUUGCUGAUGUUAUCGAUAAGGGAAUCGUGGACAUUGAUUCGGCCAAUGCGGCCUUCCAGCGCUAUGUCACCCGCAUGGCACCGGAGAUGCCAUUUGUGAUUAUUCCGCCUGGGACUACGAUGGGUGAUGUGCGUCGGGAUAAACCUGCUCUCUUCCUGUCUAUUAUCGCUGCGGCGAUCGGUCCGUACAAAAAGGAUGUGCAGGUCACACUUCUCAAUGAUGCUUAUCAAACAAUUGCCGAUCGCGUGGUUGUCAAGGGUGAGAAAUGUUUGGAGUUGGUACAGGCGUUGAUGGUUUGCUCUAUCUGGUAUCUUCCGCCAGACAAAUUGGAAGAGUUGAAAUUUUACCAAUUGGUCCAUCUCGCCGUGAUAUUAUGUAUGGAUCUUGGUCUGAAUCGUCCUGUCAGUAACGAGCCAAAACCUUUCAUGAAACUUCGCGAGCAAUUGAUCAAAAAGCCGCCUGGAGAUAUGAAAGGUCCAGAGGCAAGAAGGACGUGGCUAGGAUGUUAUUUCAUGUCGGUGCAGGUUUCUACUGCUUUAAGGCGAACCCAGCUUCUGAGGUGGUCCAGCUACAUGGAUGAAUGUGUUGAGACCCUUAAAACGCAUCCCGAUGCUUUACCCACCGAUCGCCAGGCAAUCUGGUGGGUGAAAUUGGCUUUCAUCAUGGAAGACGCUAGUACUCAGCUUUCUGAUGACACCGAAAAACUUUCAUCCUUCAUCGAUAGUAAGGUCCGAUAUACCAUUCGGGGGUUCUCCAAUCAAUUAUCGCAAUGGAGGAGGGACAUUCCAGACGACAUAUAUUCAGACGUCCUAGCGCACACCUAUCAUGUGCUAAAUCUAUUUGUACAUGAAACCGCGAUGGGCAUCGACUGCAAAAACAAUGGCAUCAUUAAGUCAUCCUCAGGCGAUCAGCUCCCGGCAUCCGCGAUUGCUCCACUCAUCGAUGCUUUGACCACCUGCAUCAACUCAAUUCACUACGCAUUUGACAUUAUUUUGAGCGUUGACUCGGAUAGACUCACAUGUCUUCCAACAGUGGCACUGGCCAGAACAUCAUACCCCCUUGUUAGCCUGAUAAAGAUCCAUUGUCUCCUCACCGCGCCGGACAGUCGCAUUGGCCAAGUAAUUGACAUUGAGAGUCUGAAGUUGGAGUACUACCUGGAUCAUAUCACGAACCACUACCGAAAAGCCGCCUCGCUCGGCGGUGGUCGUGCGGUAGCCAAAUUCGGAAACAUCAUCACCAUGUUACGGAAUUGGUUUGUCAAACAGAAGGACAACGGCCCCGCUCUGAGAGAAAUAUUUGCCACGGAAACCAAUUCAGAACCUGAAGUGAAACAACCGAUGCGAGGAAGCACCACCCCCCUCGAACUUCUCAGCAUAGUAGCAUCCUCCGGCCAAACAAAACAAGACACCGCAGACCCCUUCUCGGAACGCCGAAGUCAAAUAGUCUACACCCCCUCAACCCUAACACCCGGUCUCCCACCAACCCAAUCACCCAACCCAACAAGCCGACUGGACCCACUAAACCACCUACCAAAGCCAGAACAACCCUGGACCACACCAACCUCCUUCUCACCAUCCAUCCACAACCAAAAUCCAUCUAUAUCAUCCAUGACACCAGUCUCAACCACCGAGUCAGAUCAAACAAGGCCCUUCUACUCACAAUACCCGCAACCAUACACAACACCAAACCACAACCAACAAACCCCAACAUUCGCAGAAAUUCCAAUGGGCGCUAGCGCUAGCACCGGCCCUGGCGCUGGCCCUGGUGGUACCAUGCCCAUGGCGCCAAUGAUGGGCAUGCCCGGUAAUGAAAUGGACAUGGAUCCAAACUUCAAUCCUGAUAAUUUCUUCGCCUUAGAAACUAUGAUGGAUGAGGGGUUGUUUACUUUUCCGCUUUCGUUUGAGAAUUUGGGGUUUAAUGGGUUGCAGUUUUAG